AUGGACCGUGGUUUGCCAUCCUCUGCUCUGAGCCCAUCAGGUUCCUCGUCCCGGUUCUCAGCAUGGGUACUGUCCCGCCGUGCCCUGUGCCAGGUGGUGAUGGAGAUGAGCUGGGAAGGCCGCUCACCGCCCGCCACCCCCCGGCGACGCCGCAAGCCGUCGCACCAGCACAGUUCCACCAAAACGGGGACCGAAGGGACUGCUCGUGAGAGAGGGCCCACUCAGUGGAGUGAAGCAACCUGUGAGAGCGGCCGUUGUUACUAUUUUAGCCGAGAACGACCUCUGUUUGCCAAGUGCCAAAUUCCCACACGGCCCCGUGCACUAGCAGGACGCGGGUCCCGUACAGGGAAGAAAUCGACCCUGCGCAGGCUGACGGUCGCGCACAGGGUCCCGCAGCGCGUCGCCCGCUGGGGACAGGGUGACGGAAGCCCGGGCAGCGGCAGGGCGCCGGGUCUGCGGGCGGCGGGCGCAGGCGCAGGCACAGGAGGACGAGCCCGCGGCCCCGGCAGAGCGAGCUCCGGUCGGUCCGCAAACCCGACGAAAUCCCCGCAGGGGCCGAAGCGCAACCCACGGUGUAGACUCUGCGGAGAGCAACUUCCCGCCCAGGCUGUCAUCCGCACGCGGGGCGAGAGCGCGGCACGGCGGACCGAGGGACGGGCGCGCGCCUCUGACGUCACCGGGGGCCCCGCCCGGGCCUGUGACGCCACCGGGGGCCCCGCCCGGGCCUCUGACGCCACCGGGGGCCCCGCCCGGGCCUGUGACGCCACCGGGGGCCCCGCCCGGGCCUGUGACGCCACCGGCGGCCCCGCCCGGGCCUCUGACGCCACCGGGGGCCCCGCCCGGGCCUCUGACGCCACCGGCGGCCCCGCCGGGCCUCUGACGCCACCGGGGGCCUCGGCCGCCAGCCAGGUUGCCCGCAGAAGCGGCGCCUGCAGCCCCCGCCGGCCGGUGCUGCCCUGGAGGGCGGCGGGUUUCCGUGUUCCGAGACCCCGUGGCCCGGAGCGCGACCGCGGCAGGCCUCCUAGCAGCUCUGGAAGGAAGUUCGCUCUCUCACGCUUUUCUCCGAUAACCGGAAAUGACGGAGAAACGCGCGUCCUGCUCCUCACGACUCGAGCCGAUGCUUCCUCGCGGCUUCGCACCUUCUACGCCGCCGGCUUCGCAGCGCGGCAGCUCCUCGGCCGACGGCGGGAACCGGCGGACGGACGGACGGACGGACGGACGGUGUCAGCCGCGCUGCCGAAGAACCGCGGGGAGCACUCAGGAGGGGCUUCGUUCUCAGAAAAUAAAUGCCGUGAAGAGACGCUUCGUCAUCGGUCAUGCUGCUCCCGGGGCGUCCGGGGUCGCGACAGAGCAGGAAGGAGCUCGCGGCCACCGGAGCUCAGUGGCCGGCGAGAGGCAGUCGGAGCGACACGGACAAAGGGAAGUUUGCUAUUUUGUCCUAGUGGAGGACAGUCCGCGGGAUUUACCUUCCUGCUUCAGAGCGCUGUGACGAGUCUCUACCGUCUUACUCUCGGCCGCUUCGCGCUAGUCCGUCCGUGGUCACAGGCCGCGGCCGCCGGAAGCAAGUGGAAGUGCCAGUUGCUGCGGACACGGCAUCCAGCCCAGGAGGGGAGCCGAGAGAAGAAGAGCGCCGUGAAGAAGGGGACCCCAGAUCACGUUAACAAGGAGCACAACCCCUUAGAGACUCGCCAGGGCUUCUACAGUAGCCAGCUCGCGGCCCGGGGGCGCUUGUCCUCUGCUGUGAGCCCCCAGGCACGAGCUAACGAUGCCCUCCCUGCAGCGGUGAGGGGCAGGGAGAACAUACAGCGGGUGGCAAACGGAGACCACCUGUGGGACCUAAAGAAGUGA